UUGCUAUCUGUUGUAUGUAUUGUUUUCUUUUCUUCCACUUUGACCACAAAUUCCCCCAGGUCUCCGCUGGUUCAUCCUCCAAGCCAUGGAUGCCGCUCGACUCACAACAGCCCAAUUCACACUGCUACUGGCUCCCGACUUACUCAGAACUUCUCUGUGUCUGUUCCCACUCUCAUCUAUACUGGAUUCCCUUCAAUGAAGAUCCCAACCCCAAUACUCACUCAUCAGGACCCUCCACCCCUCUGAAAAACCAAACUUAUUCCUUUUCACCUUCCAAGUCCUACAGCCGACAGUCCUCUUCUUCUGACACAGAUUUGAGUUUGACACCCAAAACUGGAAUGGGAAGUGGUAGUGCUGGAAAAGAAGGGGGGCCAUUUAAAGCUCUUUUAAGACAACAGACGCAGCCGGCAUUGGAACAGAGGGAAUUUCCAUUUUUUACCUUGACGGCAUUUCCUCCUGGAUUUCUUGUGCACGUUGGGGGUGUUGUUAGUGCACGCUCUGUGAAGCUUUUGGAUCGUAUCCACAAUCCUG